AUGGCGCAUAUUGGGGUUGCGACCAGACUAGUCAACGAAAGACAAUGCGGCCAGGAAACGGCUAACGCGGACCUUGAGUGCUCGAGCUCCAGAUACUAUGUUUUGAUAAGAGAGGCUGAAUCGUAUGCAAAGAAGCACAGAAUUGCUCGCACUUAUGGCACAAACCGCUACGAAAGCCUUCUCAAGGAUUCUGAAGUUGAUGCCGUAUAUAUAGCGUUACCAAAUGGUCUACACCAUAGCUGGGCUUUGCGUGCGCUCAAUCACGGCAAACAUGUCCUUGUUGAAAAGCCCAUGGCAAAUACUGCUGAAGAAUGUAGAGAGCUUAUUUCUCUUGCAGAGAGUAAGGGGCUGGUCUUGCUUGAAGCCAUCCAUUAUACGUGCUGUUUACACCCUUCUAGGUUUCAUCCCGCUUUGCAGCGUUUCAAGGAAAUCGUUGCUGGCGGAGAGCUUGGGGCGAUCAAGAGGGUUAAAGCUGGAUUCGCAGUACCAAGUGUCAUAUCUGGCUUAUUCUUCCUCAAAGACGACGUUCGCUUCGACUUUUCCUUGGGAGGAGGGGUAAUGAUGGAUAUGGGCGAGGCGACCGCCGUAGGACAUCCGGCCGAUUCCCCGAACAUCGACAAAUCCAUGAAUGCGCACCUCGUCCUGCCUUCCUCGGUCAGUGGAGACCUUUACGUCGACUUCUCGAUGCCUGGCUGGGGUCCAUUUGGCAUGAUUCCGAGGGCGCUAAAGACAGCAGUUGUCGUUGAACUUGAGGAAGGGACAGUUGAAUUGACAAACUUCCCCUUACCACACAUCUUCAAUACGAUCACUAUCCGCCCCAAAAUCGGUAAGAAGCGAACUGAGAGUGUAUAUCGCUUCAAAGACGGCCGUGGAGAGGAAUGGUGGACAACGUAA